AGCACACGAUUGUUUCAAGGGUGUGAACGACCUUAUCAUAACACAGCAGGUUCUGAUGUACGAACGAUUUUGAAUUUGCAUUUCUUAACCUUGAAUGCCCUACCGAAGAGAAGCCUCACAUUAAGAAUUUUGAACGAACGAACGAAGAUCAAAUAGCAACGAAGCGUAUAAGGGAUGAUACAUUUUGUCUUCUUAGACAUUAUAUAUGUAUGUAUGUAUUUCGAGGAUAACCACAAAACUACGUAAGCGAGGAUAAAAUUCUCCUUCCAAUGCAAAUGAUAAAAUACACGUUUCUCUCUUACAAAAUGAGUAUAUAUAGGUACGGUCAUGCGUUCUCCUGACGGUCUCGAUUCUUCUUGAUCAAGGAGGGGGUUGUACUUGAAGAGCAAGCGCGCACAGAUCUCGCCCUCAAAUACAUUCACUCCUUGGCACCCUUCGUGCGCAGAGAAUCGAGCAACCCUUUGCCGUUUUCAAUAAUUUUAAUCGAGUUCAAAUUGUGCUACACCCAAUCGCGAGUAAUAUUUUUCUUUAAAAAAACAAAUAAAAGAAAAAGAGGAAAAGAAAGAGAAACAAGACAAAGGAAGGUACGCGAAGAAGUUUAUCCAAACUUAUCCAGAAUGAAGAUAAUUCAUUACCUUCUCUACAUAAUACCAUUGAUAUUCUUAAUAAAGAUGGGAUAUGUAGAAGGAAUGCAAAAUAAGCGCGAUAUCUCGAACGCAUUUUCGAUGGAUAAAACAUAUAAAAUGAAAAGACCAUUUUGCAAUGCGUUUACUGGAUGUGGAAGGAAAAGGAGUUUCCAUGGAAUUUCGAUUCAUUCUCCAUACUUUGAUUCCAAGAAAGAAAUUGGAAUUCGUCUUCCGAUACCUAUCUAUAGAACUUUAAUGAAUGAGGCUUCCAAAGAAAUUCGAAACACAAUUUCUCGAGAUACUAAUGAUUACGAACUCCCAGAGAUAACACAGGACUUCACAGUUUUUCCCGAUCGAGAAUUGGCAUUGGAUGAAAUUAAUUGA